CAUCAUGUUUCUCGUACCUUGGCGCAACACCGAACGAAUUAAUGUUUACAAGGAGGUCCGUAAUACGCUUAUCCGCCGUUAUCCGACCGUGUAAUAUAAAUAGCAGCGCGGCCAUUUGUUCCACACAUAGUUUACUAGUAAACAUGCCACCUAAAGCCGGAUCGAAAGGAGCUAAGAAAGCCGCCACUAAGGCGAAGGCCCAGAGAACUGGGGACAAGAAGAAGCGCAGGAAGAGGAGGGAAUCCUAUGCCAUCUACAUUUACAAAGUCCUGAAGCAGGUCCACCCAGACACUGGCGUUUCCAGCAAAGCUAUGAGCAUCAUGAACUCGUUUGUCAAUGACAUUUUCGAGAGAAUCGCCGCUGAAGCUUCCCGCCUGGCCCACUACAACAAACGCUCAACCAUCACCAGCAGAGAAAUCCAGACCGCUGUCCGACUUCUCUUGCCCGGUGAAUUGGCCAAGCACGCCGUCUCUGAGGGUACCAAGGCUGUCACCAAGUACACCAGCAGCAAGUAAACUGAGCAAGGACUUGAACCUCAAACUCAAACGGCCCUUUUCAGGGCCACACAAAUUUUUCGAAAAGAUGCCUUUUAUAACAAUGCAUUGAGAAACGUUUAUUGGUUGACAUUGCAUAUCUACAAAAUAUGCAUACACAAGUGUACUAUGUGUGUUACACACUGUACUAUAUUGAAAUAGAAUUCAAGACGAGCCAUUCAGAAUACACAAUCAAACAAACAAAUGUAUAUCUCAUUGUGUUCAUUUUCAACUGCAUACAUUUCAUCACUUAUUAUGAUAGCUUUGUUUGUAACUUUAACCAGUCAUUGAUAAAAUUGAAACUAAGAUGGAAGAUGUUAUCAAAAUAAACAUUUUGGCUCUGUUGAAUAUAUAGCAUUAUAGAGAAAUAUUGAUAUUAACAAAAAAGUUUCUAAGUCUUAUUAUUUUCUGUCAUUGAAAUAGUAAAUCAGUUUUGCAGCACCCAACACCCAAAUGACAGCUAAUAAAUGAGCAUAAACAUGUAAUUAAAAGUAUAUAAUUGUUGAUACAAGUAAAGACAAUACACAGUAAAGAGUAAUACACUCAUUGGAGGCAUUUUAAGUUUCGCAUGUAGGCAUUGAUCAGUACUCAGUUGAUGCAUGUGUGUUUUCCCUAGUGCAAUAUAUAAUAUGCCUGAUACAUCAACAAGAGGCAACACACAAUGCUAUUUAAAGGAUAGAAAACAGAAACAUGUAGAAUAAACAGAUACACACAAUAUUAUUAUAUGAAAUGUUGAAUCGCAUGUGUAAGAUUAUAUUUUAAAAAUGCACAUGUCCCCCCCAACAGGCCCUUAAUAGGUGAAUUGAUAAUGAUAAGUCUCUUUAUGAAUCCAAUCUUGGAAAAAAAAAGUUUGUACAACAUCUUUCAUGCGACUGCAUAUUGUGUAUUGGUUUAUAUUGUGUAGGUGUGCCACGCAUCAAUAUCUCACGGUUUGCAAGUACUUUCCAGUUACAAUGUACAGAAUUAGUAAAUGCAUAUGUUACGAAAGUCAACUGUCACCAAAUGGUAAACUAGAUACCCAUGUAAUGAUGUUAAUUAAGAUGAAAACAUAUAUUACAUUUACUUUGCCUUCCACAGAGGAAUCUGCCAAAUAGAAAGUCUUGAGUUUGCUAUUUCAGCAUUCCUAGCAAUAAACGAGUUUGUAUAAAAGAAGAAGAAAAAAGAAAAACAUGUUUGUAGGACAUUUGUGACGACAAGAAGCAAUAACAAUAUAAUCAAUUUAAUUUAACAUGUGCCUACAUGGUAUGCAUUUUAAAAUAUCUAUAGUACUAAUUAGUACUUUGUAUACAGUCACGUGGGAUAUUUUGUAAUACGGGGGUUAUCACAAUUAUCAGCUGCUUUUUUAAGUCUUCGUUUUGUCUCCUUCAUAUGUGUAAAGUGUCCAAAUCAUUUAUGUUAUUGUGUGAUAAAUAAACAAUCCAUCUAGAUAAA